CUUUGCACAAACAGAAAGCACCACUCUUGAGAAAACAGUAAGAAAAGUCCACACAGGAGGACAAGAAGCUAUAUUUGUCUGAACGGGAGCUGCACGAAUCGAAAUAAAUUGGGAAAGGCCCUGGAGGACACGGCAUUCGGAGGACUUUCUGCGGUUUGCCGGGCCACCGCAUCGCUCGUGAAUAUUGGGAACCUGUCACCGCUUAAGAGCAUGAAGUUUUACAGCCAGCACGCGGUGCAGCAGAACACGCUUUUCAACCGCCGCAUCCCCAACGACUUCGGGCCGGCGCCCUGCCCCCGCCCCGCGCUGCCCCUCAAACCGAGGCGCUCGGUGCACUUCCCCAACGACGUCGUCUUCCAGGACUGCGUCCGGCAGGGAGACCUCGAGCAGGUGGGCCGCUUCCUCCGAGCCGGGAAGGUUCAUCUCGACACCGUCUACCUGUCCGGCAUGCCGGCGCUGCACGAGGCUGUCCUCUCGGGGAACCUGGAGUGCGUGAAGCUGCUGGUGAAACACGGCGCGGACGUUCUCCAGCGGGACGAGGACGGCUGGACCCCCCUGCACAUAGCCUGCAGCGACGGGUACCCGCGCAUAGCCCGGUACCUCCUCUCGCAGGGCGCCAGCGCAGACGCGGAGAACGAGUGCGGGGAAAGGCCGGCCGACCUCAUCGACCCCGACUGCAGGGAGCUGGCGAGGCUGUUCCAGGCGGGCUGUGACUGA